AAGCGGAUCUACAUGAGAAACGCGUCUGCUGAGGGCCAGUCGAACCUCCAUCUUGGUCUACCGUCUUCUCGUUCAUCUCGGGGUAAACAUUGCAACAUCCCGGACUGCACGUUCACGCUUGAAGACCCGACUCACAGGAAGUACGAGAAAGAAAGUGGGGAAGGAUAUUAAGGUGACACACGUACAGGUGUGCAGAAAAGAGAGGUCAUGUGACGCCUCCUGGAAGUGAGAGAGCAGCAUUGAGUAAGAUAAGUCCUUAAAGGAGACGCAUGCAUCACGUGGAAGGAAAUAGUUCAUCUGAAAACAGGACUGUUAACGUCAAGAGCAUUUGAGGAUAGGAAGUGACAGCUGGUCCUGAUCAAAACCUUAUUUCCCCGAUCGCUUCCCGCCAUCCCCAGAAGACGCUUCCAACGGCGGCCAGCCAGCCAGCCAGCCAGCCAGCCAGGCAGGCAGGAAAACGUCAACAGGGUGUGGCAAUAAACAGCUUUAAGGAUCUUUUCUGCCAAACUGCCGCUUGUGAAGUGAGGUAGACGCAAAGCAAAGAUGACUUCGGCAAGCCGGAUUUUCCUCCAAACUUUAGAUGAGUCACGACUGGCACUUUCACACUCAAUUUGGACGGAAAAGUGGGAUGCGACGGAUCGUGACGCAGCCGCUUUUGGGGAACUCCUAUCCAGGACGUGCACGCUGUCUAUACAUGGCGACCCGUUUCGGCCUUGCGGGUUCGAACACGAAUGAUCAUGUGAUGACGCAACACAAGGAUCUGCAACAGGUGGCGCUGUAUGGCAGCAGAACCGGAAAAGAAAUGCAAUUCUAGGAGAAUUCACCGCUUCAGAGAGUUCAACAAAGACCCCCCCCCCCCCCAAAAAAAAGUCCUAAAAGUAGAUUGUGGAUGAGCUGCACUUUGAUUAAACUUUUUUUUUUAUUUUUAUGUCAGGCACCUGACAUCGCGCGGCACCCUCCGCUGCCAUGUGAGCGUCAACCACCUCCCGAGGCGCGCACGCAUACAGUAUGCAAAUUUUAAUCAGCAUAAAUCCCGAAAGCCGCGCGCCGGUCGGCAUCUUCGGGUUAACCUGCGCCUGCUGCGGCGACCUCUCCCCAUUUACCUUCCACCGUGGGGCUGCCGACGUGUUCGGGGGGGGCAUCGUAAACAACCCAAGCGGGCUGACAGACAUCGGAUUGCCUUCAUUUCCGAGCUAAAAGGCUCGACUCUCAGCAUUCCUCCAAGUGGUAGCCCCGUGCUGACGUCAGAGGGUCGUUUGGGUUUUCAUCGGUUGGGUGAGCUUCACCAGACGAGACGGACCACUUCCAGGUCCACAAUGGAGGGGGAAGGUGCCGGACCUUUGUCCGCCGCGAGAGGAGUUCGCUCCAAGUGAUAACUCCGGUGGAGCACAUGUUUGCAGCACAGUAGGUGAGGAAGAGGAGGAGGGGGUCGGUGACGAUGAAGAGGACGGGUCCAAUGGAGCGCCACGCAGAACCCUGAGCCCCCAUGGAGACAUGGCACAGCGGUUCCUGUCGUCCGCCUUCAUGCUGACCGUCUCACUGUCGUGCACCUACCUGUGCUACAGCAUCAUCUUCGGCCGCACCACCGUCAUCUCGGGGCGGCCCUACGAGGGGAGCCGAUGCCAGCCGAGCCCCAACGCGGCCGGGAAGAAACUUCUCGGCCAGUCGGAGCAGUGCGCCCGGCUGCUUGGGGUCCGCGCCGCCGCCGGAGCCGCCGCGGCCCGGCCCGGCGCUGCCGGUCAACCACCUCCUCCUCCUCCUCCGUCUCGCUGGGUGAAAAACUCGAGUUCGGCGCAAAGGUACGGAAAUAAAAAACUCCCCGGCGCCUUGAUCGUGGGAGUGAAGAAAGGAGGAACCAGGGCGGUGCUGGAGUUCAUUCGCAUCCAUCCAGAUGUGCGCGCGCUCGGAACCGAGCCGCAUUUCUUCGACCGCAACUACGACCGAGGACUGGACUGGUACAGGGGUCUCAUGCCGCGGACACUGGACGGUCAAAUUACGCUGGAGAAGACCCCCAGCUACUUUGUCACCAGGGAGGCACCUCGCCGCAUCUCCAGCAUGUCCCAGCAGACCAAGCUGAUCGUGGUGGUACGCAACCCGGUCACCCGGGCCAUCUCGGAUUACACGCAGACUCUGUCUAAGAAGCCCGACAUACCCACUUUUGAGGAUCUGGCCUUCAAGAACAGGAGCCUGGGAGUCGUGGACAGCUCGUGGAAUGCCAUCCGCAUUGGAAUGUACAUCUUGCACCUGGAGAACUGGCUGCGCUACUUCCGCCUCUCGCAGAUGCACUUUGUAAGCGGCGAGCGGCUCAUUACAGAUCCGGCGGGCGAGAUGGGCCGCAUUCAGGACUUCCUAGGACUCAAGCGGAUCAUCUCGGAUAAGCACUUCUACUUCAACAGGACCAAGGGCUUCCCGUGUCUGAAGAAGCCAGAGAGCAGCGGGCAGCCUCGCUGCCUGGGGAAAUCCAAGGGCAGGACUCACGUGCAAAUAGAGCGGGAGGUCAUCGAGCAACUGCAGGAGUUUUAUAGACCCUUCAACGUCAAGUUCUUCGAAACGGUCGGACAGGACUUCAAAUGGGAUUGAAGAGGAAGUUCGACUUGGCCAAGUACCAAUACUUUGCCUUGAGAGUGCUGAAAACUGUAGAAGGUGCUUGACAAAACGUCAUCCAAAGACCUGAUUGAUCACUCAAACCAGGGGAUUGAAUGUGCCACGGAUAAACUAGGAAAUUCCAUGUGGUCAAAUCUAAAUGAUUUGCCCUUCUUCUGAGAAAUUUGUUGCCAAAAUGAGCUUAUUCUGAUGCCAUUUACACAAACAUACGGACCAGGGAUCAAAUGUGUCGAAGAUUUUCAAAUACACUGCCCCUGAAAGAACACACGUGGACACAGUGAAUAUGAGCUCAUCCUAAAACCACGACCAGUAACGGAGCUCGCUGUGGGGUGGGAUUGAAUGUGUCACGCACAAACUGGAAGUUGUAAGCGCAUAAAUACAAACACUAAGCCCUGAAAUAUUUAUUUGAAACGCCUGACAAGAUGAAGACGAUCUCAUCCCAAAAAACAGAUACUAUGUACGGCAACAGGAUCAAACCUUAAAGCCGUGAAACAUUUAGGAAGACAUUUUGACAGAUAAAAUGAAAAGCUCAUGCAAAAACUGACAGUAUUUACAGCAACAGUAACGAGCUAUGUUGGGGGGGGGGGUUGAAUGUGUCAUGCAAAAACAGGAAGUUUUAUGCACUCAAAGUUAUUCAACCCACGAACUCUCUACAAAAGCUGCGUCACAAAACAUUCUCUUUAAAAAAAUUGAUGGUAUGUACAGGAACAGUAACAAACUGUCCCCUAGGAUUUAAUAAUGUCUCAGAUACAAAAAGAAAGUUGGACACGUUCAAUGUUGACAAAAUGUGAUCUUAUCAAAUAACCAGACAUGUUUACUGGAAUAGCUUCGAGCAAUUUUGCAGGAAUAAAUGCAUCUCACUCAAACGGGGGGCGUUCUACGCGCUCCGAAUAAAUAUUUAGCUCUUAAAUCUCUGAAAACGUUGAGGAAGACAUCUGUUGACAAAGUGACUCUGAUCUCAUCUAACAAACCAUGUCACGGAAUUGGAUGCGUCACGAACGGACAGGACGUCGGAUCUGUUCCGAUACCAGAACUUUGCCCUAAAACUCUUGAAAUAUUUCUGGAAUUGAAUCCAGACAUCAGGCCACAUUAACAGGAACAGUAAAGAGCCAUGCUGGUGUUUUUGUUUGUUUUGGUCUUCACCUGUUCGGUGAAUAUGUAUGGGAUGCCAAAAUAACUGAUCCACAUUGUACCACCAAACAAAAUGGUAGAGAACAUCAAGGGCGGAGCAACACACACGCACACCGCAGUCCCUUGAUUGAUCGACAGAGAACGGUCAUUUCUGUCUGACGGUGGUCUGUCAGUCGAACGAGACUGGAAAUGUGGCUAAAGAUCCCACUUAGUUCCAAAAAAUAUACAAUUCAAAUGAAUUACAGCUGUCCUGUGCUUGUAAAUGACA